CCUCACACACUGCAGCUCUCAGCUCAGCUAUCAGUCUGUUAUCUUCUGCCUUAACAUUCCUCCAGACCGCGCACAUUAGAGCUCGAAUCGACAACACCGCUUGAAAACUUCAGAAUGUCAGAAUCCUUAAACUACACAACAUCUCCACUGCCUUCCAGUGUUCCAUCAGUCGCUGGAGAUUCCAACGCCACAUUAUGCCAGGACUGGGAGCAGUCCCAUCACCUGCUGUUCCACCUGGCCAACCUGAGCCUUGGUCUAGGUUUCCUCAUCCCCACCACAGUAGCGCUUCAUAUGAUCUUCCUCAGACUGCUGCUGAUGACAGGGUGCUCUUUGUUCAUAGCAUGGGCCACAUUAUAUAGAUGUACAUUGGAUGUGAUGGUGUGGAAUGUGGUUUUCAUCCUGGUGAACUUCAUGCAUUUCUUCUUCCUGCUUUAUAAACGCAGACCGAUUAAGAUUGACAGGGAGUUAAAAUCAUUGUACAAGCGCAUGUUCGAGCCCCUGCAUGUACGUGAAGCUCUGUUUCAGAGGCUCACCGGCCAGUUCUGCACCAUCCAGACCUUAAAGAAGGGCCAGGUCUAUGCAGCAGAAGAUAAGACCUCUGUUGAUGAGCGCCUCAGCAUUCUUCUCAAAGGAAAGAUGAAGGUAUCAUAUCGUGGCCAUUUCUUGCAUAAUAUUUACACCAAUGCCUUCAUCGACUCUCCAGAAUUCAGGUCGACUCAGAUGAACAAGGGGGAGAGGUUUCAGGUGACGAUCACUGCUGAGGAAAACUGCAAGCUCCUGUGCUGGUCUAGAGAGCGUCUGACUUACUUCCUGGAGUCAGAGUCUUUUCUGAACGAGGUGUUCAGGUACCUCAUUGGCAAAGACAUCACCAACAAGCUUUACUCUCUCAAUGAUCCAACCCUGAGUGACAAGGCUGUGAAGAAAAUGGACCGUCAGCCAAGCCUAUGUUCUCAGCUGUCAAUGAUGCAGAUGAGGAACAGCAUGGCUAGCACCAGUGACACAGACGAUGUGCUCAACCAGAUCCUGAGAGGCGGGUCAACUGGGUCAUCACUCCAGAAAACUCCUCUGACAAAAGUUUCCACGACUAUGAAGCCAAUUGAAGAAGGAAUGGAAGAUGACGUUUUUGAACCUGAAUCCCCCUCUACCUCCCAGAACAUUUCCAGGACCCCAAGAGAAGACAUGUAAAAUGUAUUUAGACUUCAAUUUAGUGAAUUGAACAGGAAAAUAAUUCCCCCCCCCCUCAGAUUACACUGUUCUGAGUAGA